GAGGAAAAGAAAAGUUUUUUCCAGGUAACUCAAAUCCCUAAUAUAUUUUUAUAAGAAUGUAGGAAGAAGGAAGUUUACCUAUAACAAAAUAAGUGUUUGAUUUCUGUCAUCUGGUAAAAAUUUUCAAUUUUAAAAAAAGCAUAUAAGGAAAAUCAAUCUCAAAAUUUUAUGAAAUACCUUCAAAAGUAAAGUUUAAUGUCUAGAUCUUUGCAAACUUUUGUACAUAAUGACUAAAUCAAUAUUAUAUUGAUUUUAUCAAUAAUCACUAUAUCAGUUUAUGAAAUUAAGGUAAAAGAUUAAUCAGAAGCUUAAAGCCUUUGCUUUCUACAGAAAACAUUGCAGCUUUACAAUAUUAAUAUUAAAAAUCAAUAUUGGUGAGUAACAUUAGAUAAUCACUUAAGCUAACAACAGCAGCAAUAGAAAUUCAGAGAUAAUGGCUUUAAUGUGAUUGCUACCAAUUUAUUUUAAAAUAUGUGCAUUUCUUUUGCAUAUGUAAAUAAUGUUAAGUAAUAUGUUUAGCUGAAAUGUAAAUGGUCAAAACUUUCUUUACUGAGUCUAUUGCACCAUAAGUUGGGUUUGCAGUAAGAAACUAACACAUUUGUGCCUUCUCAAAGUACUAACUUUGAGUUGUAUGCUAUCCAGAAACUAUAUUAAAUCAUUUCUGUCUCAAAAUAAUGACCUUACAAAAGGAAUUUAACUUUACCUAGUUCUAUCACGAUUGCAUAUUAAGGAGAGAUUUAGAAGAUGGCAGAAGUUUGUUUUUGUUCAAUCAGCUACCUACGAAGCCCAAAACUCAUAUACUGUAUAGACGAGAAAAAGUAAACUACAUUCUCUUCCUAAUUAUUCUUUUGAAAAAUGACUUCAUGUUCAUUAUCUUCUCUUCAUUCUUAAAAAAGGAACACAUUUUAUAAAAGAGUCCUGACUGAUAAUGUGUCCCUUGACCUUGCAGGUCACUGGCCUAAUGAAUGUCUCUGAGCCAAAUUCCAGCUUUGCUUUUGUAAAUGAAUUUAUACUCCAAGGUUUCUCUUGUGAGUGGACAAUUCAGAUCUUCCUCUUCUCACUCUUCACUACAACAUAUGCACUGACUAUAACAGGGAAUGGAGCCAUUGCUUUUGCCCUGUGGUGUGACCGGCGACUUCACACUCCCAUGUACAUGUUCCUGGGAAAUUUCUCCUUUUUAGAGAUAUGGUAUGUCUCUUCUACAGUUCCCAAGAUGUUGGUCAACUUCCUUUCAGAGAAAAAAACCAUCUCCUUUGCUGGAUGUUUUCUCCAGUUUUAUUUCUUCUUCUCUUUGGGUACAUCAGAAUGCUUGCUUUUGACUGUGAUGGCCUUUGAUCAGUACCUUGCUAUCUGCCGUCCCUUGCGCUAUCCUAAUAUCAUGACUGGGCAUCUCUGUGCCAAACUGGUCAUACUGUGCUGGGUUUGUGGAUUUCUGUGGUUCCUGAUCCCCAUUGUUCUCAUCUCUCAGAUGCCCUUCUGUGGCCCAAACAUUAUUGACCAUGUUGUGUGUGACCCAGGGCCACUAUUUGCAUUGGAUUGUGUUUCUGCCCCAAGAAUCCAACUGUUUUGCUACACUCUAAGCUCAUUAGUUAUUUUUGGUAACUUCCUCUUUAUUACUGUAUCCUAUACUCUUGUCCUGAAAGCUGUGUUGGGUAUGCCUUCAAGCACUGGGAGACAUAAGGCCUUCUCUACCUGUGGGUCUCAUUUGGCUGUGGUAUCACUGUGCUAUGGCUCUCUUAUGGUCAUGUAUGUGAGCCCAGGACUCGGACAUUCUAUGGGGAUGCAGAAAAUUGAAACUUUGUUCUAUGCUAUGGUGACCCCACUCUUCAAUCCCCUUAUCUAUAGCCUCCAGAAUAAGGAGAUAAAGGCAGCCCUGAGGAAAGUUCUGGGGAGUUCCAACAUAAUCUAAGGCAUAUUAGAUUAUUCCUCCAUGAUCAGAUCAGUACAGUCUAACAAAGAGAAAUCAGAAUUAUAUAGUUAUUUAAAUCUAAAAAAUAUGGACCUAGUGAUAUUGACUAUAUCAGCCUAUGAAAUUAAAUACCUGUUGGACCCCUUACAAAUUAAAGUUGCCAAAUUAUAUAGAUAAAUGGAAGCGUGUGGUUUCCCUUUGGCACCUAGACUGAGUAUUAACUGAGGAAUACACAUAUUUGGGUGUUUUCUGGAUAGUUUCCAUCUGAUUCAUCUGUGAUAAAAAUUCUUUAUGUUCUAUUUUACUUAAAUUUAUUGUUCUGAGAUUGACAAAAUUAUAGCUAUGUUAUUUUGUUUGGUU